AUGGAGGCACGGGACCGAUUCCCGCCUGUGAAGGAUGGGCUGCCGGCAAUCCAUCCUGGAGAGAUUCUGGCGGACGAACUCAAAGAAAUCGGAAUGUCUGCGGAUGAACUGGACAGAUGCUUGGCAGUCCCCGCUGGAACGGUUGCCGCAAUCUUGCACGAAAAGCGAGGCAUCGACGCCGACUUCGCGCUACGGCUGGCCCGUUAUUUUGGCGCCGGGGAGCGUCUCUGGAUGAACCUGCAAACCUCGUACGAUCUGAAAAUCGCGGAGGGCAAAUCCGGCGUUGCCAUCGCCAAGCAAGUCAAACCCAGAGACGACGACUCCCCCAUGCUCAAAGGAGACCUUCAAUGA